AAUGCCCGCCGCGUCCACUCGAGGUCCACGUGGCCCGCGCGCCGCGUGGCAGGUUCCCAUGGCGAUCAAUCCGAGCGCGGGAUUUCAAACAACAUUUUGACAAUUGCGACAUUUAACUGCGGCUGCCCUGAAUGGAUCCCUUCCACGUAGCCCUGUGGUAUAAGCGAGAUAGAGAGCCGUGCGAGGCUGCUGUAGGACGGUGUGGGAGGGGGGGGGGGCACGGGCCGAGACUUCAUUUCCCACGGCCCCACGAAUGCCGCGCGCGACCGGCCACUCGAAUCGGCCACACGGCGCGUCCGUCACUGCCAGCGGCAUCGGAGCCGCACUCCUCGGGCGCCAGAGCUCGGGGUGGUUGCCACGCGGGGACGCCGUUCGCCGGCACCUCCGAUGUGCACGGUUGUGUACGCAGGGCGCGAGACAAGUCCAGCACCCUGCGGCCACCGUGCGCCCUGACGACUCGCGCGUGUGGCGGGUGGCGACUGUGCGGUUAGUGGGGGUGGGGGGCUAUGGGGGCCCUCGGGUGAGAGGAUGCCCCCCCCCCACCCCGGCACGCGGGGAUGAGCGCAGCGCGCGGCCCCGUCCGCUCCCUCCCUCCCGGCGCGGCAGGCGACAGAUUCCCCGUGGAGUCGCAACAUUCCCUCGCAAAAUUACAUUCCGCGCUCCCCUCAAAUAGGAGGCCGCGGCAAGACGCGCCCCGACAGCAUCAGCAGCAGCAGUCGCAUCAUCAUUAGUAGCAGUAGCACAAGCAGCAGCAUCAGCAUCACCAUGAGGAGCAGCUCCAUCGCCGUCGGCCACAGGAGCGCGACCGUGAGCGGCGCCGCGGGCCGCUCGCAGUCGUGGGCCUCGGCGCCAGGGCCCGGCCACCGUGGCGUGGGCCAGGCGGUGGUGGUGGUGUCCGAGACGUCGCAGGUGGUGCAGGACGAGAAGGAGGAGCUGCAGGUGCUCAACAGCCGCUUCGCGGGCUACAUCGACAAAGUGCGGCUGUUGGGCGAGCGCAACAGCGAGCUCAAGGCGGAGCUGGCCAAGCUGCGGCAGAAGUCGGCGGGGCCCAGCAGCCUGUGGGCCGAGUUCGAGGCGGCCUUCGGCGAGGUGAAGGAUCGCAUCGUGCAGUGCGCGCACGUCAAGGGCGCGGCCGACAUCGCGAAGGGGAACCUGCAGGAAGACCUCGAGUACUGGGCCUCGCGUCUCGAGCAGGAGCGCGGCCUGCGCGACCAGGCGCUCGCCACGCUCAAGGAGUUCCGCAAGGACGUGGACGACGCCACGCUGCAGAAGGUGGACCUGGAGCGCCAGGCCGAGCAGCUCACGGCCGAAAUCGAGUUCCUCAAGAAGCUGCACGACGAGGAGGUGGCCGAGCUGCUGGUGCAGAUCCAGGAGGCGAACGUCUCCGUGGAGUUGGAGGCGAACCGCCCCGACCUGGCGGCCGCGCUGCGCGACAUCCGAGCGCAGUACGAGUCGAUCGCCACGCAGAACGUGGCGGACGCCGCGGGCUGGUACAAGAACAAGUUCGACGCCCUGCAGCAGCAGGCGGCCAAGCGCGACGAGCAGAUGCGCGCCACCAAGGAGGAGAUCUCCGAGUUCCGGCGCCAGGCGCAGAGCCUCCAGGGCGAGAUCGACGCCAUGCGCAGCCGCAACGAGGCGCUGGAGGCGCAGCUGCGGGAGAUGGGGGCCGAGCACGCGGCACAACUCGACGAGAUGCGAGACGCUGCCGCGCAGCUCGAAGCGCAGCUGCGCGGCCUCAAGGCCGACAUGGCGCAGCACCUGCGGGCCUACCAGGAGCUGCUCAACAUCAAGCUGCAGCUGGACGCCGAGCUCGCCACCUACCGGCAUCUGCUGGACGCCGAGGAGAAGCGCCUCAAGGGCAACGUGGCCUGAGCUCAGAUGCCGAGAGAGGACGCCUCAGCCGAGCCUCCCUCCUCCUCCUCGCCUCCCUCCUCCUCGCCACCUCCUCCUAUCAUCGUCUGGAGUGCCCAGCCUCACCGAGUCUCCAGCAGCUCCGGCUCGCCGCUCCACACGCCUCGACAGAUCACCGUGUGACACACACGUCACCAAACAGCAGUGUGUCACACCCACCAACGUGUCUUGUGCCACUCUUAGAUGUACGCUAGUGUCCCACACACAUCACAUGCCCGUUGCACACCCGUCACUGACACAUACACGUCACUGUUCCACUCCAAAGUGUUGCACACACCACCACACCCAUUGCAGUGUCACAUCCAUCACAAUGCCAUACCCAUCAGCUUGUCCCACGCGGUUGUCACAUAGAGCGUGACGCCAUCGGCAUCACCGCACCCCCCCCACACCCCCCGGGGCAGCGAGAUAACCCUGCUGGCUGGGCGAGGCAGUGGCACUCCCCGGACUGUCUCUGGCUGCUCACGUGGUACACACGUUGCGCUCAAGUUGUUCGUCAGCUACGCGAGAAUAAACUGGAACGAGAUCGCGA